AUGCGUGCCGCGGGGGGUGGUGCCGCGAUAGUGGCGAGGUGUUUCUUGUCCUAUCUGCCUAUCUGUGGCCGUAACAAGUUGGGACCGCUCAACCCCAGGGAAAGCGGGUUGGCGCGGGGCGCGAAGAAACUCGGCGCCAACGCCGAUCCUUGUCCGCGCGAUGGCUAUCAGAAACGCAAUCCCCUAUUCCUCGCAGUGCUAAUCAAUGAA